AUUAUCGUCAUCGUCAUCGUCAUCAUCAUCAUCAUCAUCAUCAUCAUCAUCGUCUUUUUCUUCUUCUUCCUUCUCUUCGGCGUCGCGGGUUCCCGCUGUUCCGCUCCUCUCGCGGGAGGUCAGCACCUUAGCAUCGGAAUAUCUUUUUCGUAAGGGAAUCGUCUUCGAAACAUUCUCAGGCGCUACUAAAACGAUAUACGACACUGGACAUGCGUGUACUCUCCUAUUAUACUCACGCUCGACUUUUCGUUCUAGAAAUAGAAGUGAAUGAGAGCGUUGAGCAAGUGUUUGUUGUGCGAAAGACUUGAGUACAUAGCAGUGUCAAUCCCGCGGAUAAUCUGGGAGCAGUGACGUCCUGUUUACUCUGUUUGGUAGUCUAGUGUGGCAAACGAGCGCCCGGAAAUAUCGUCGUCAGAUUCAGCGUAGAAGUCGAGAUGUUGUGAUGGCUGGUAGAUCACGACGUUCGAGCACAGAGCUCGAACCAGAUCUAUCGACGCCAACGGCUCCAAAAAAAUCCAAACAAUUUGAAACGUCUUCCGACAAACCGUCUGCGGAACACUUAACGGAGGCAGAAAGUACCGAGACACCGUCCACGAGUGAAAUAUCCUUGCAGGCGGAAGUCUUGCUCGUCCAGGAAGGGGAAGAGGAGGAAAAGCAGCUCUCAGACGUUGCAAAACAAGCGGGUAUCUCCGAGCGAUGGAUUUCAAUCGAUGAACUGUCAUCGAAGUCGACCGAGCAAACGGAUCCAGAGAUCUCUAAAGGAAAGAAAGACAUCGCGACAAUCUCCAUCGAAGCGAUCCCGGGUACUUCGAAAGAAGAGCAACUCGGCACGCUGAAAGCCAUUGUAAUGAAAUAUAGCGAACAGAGCGACGAGCUUUCUGGUCUUCCCGGACCAAAAUUCGAGACAUCCGUACAGAACUUUACGCUUCGCGAUCAUGCAUCGUACGAGGACUUGUCGCUUAUCGGAAACGGUGCGUACGGCACGGUAUACAAGGCAAAGGAUAGGUCCAGUGGUCAAAUUGUAGCGCUUAAGAAAGUUAGAGUACCUUUGACAGACGAUGGUCUACCUAUGUCCACACUAAGAGAGAUCGCUGCUUUAAAGUCGCUCGAACGAUUUGAACAUCCAAAUAUUGUCAGAUUACUCGAUGUCUGUCAAGGAGAUUAUCUUCACUUACCAUCGGGUGAUGGUGAACAGUCCGAGAGGCUAGAUCGUGGUCUCACCCUCUGGUUGGUGUUCGAACACGUGGAAAGAGAUCUCGCUUCCUAUAUAGCCAAUUAUCGAGAAAGCUCUCCACAAUCGAACAUCCCGCCGAAUAUCGUGAGGCAAAUGUUGAAAGAAAUAUUGUGUGGAGUGGAGUUCCUACAUAGCCAUAGAAUAAUACACAGAGACUUGAAACCGCAAAAUCUUUUGGUAACGCGGGAAAGAAGAAUCAAAAUCGCGGAUUUUGGUUUAGCCAAGACUUACGACUUUGAAAUGAGAUUAACUUCCGUGGUUGUGACUCAAUGGUAUCGAGCACCUGAAGUACUUUUAGGAUGUUCCUAUGCUACUCCUGUAGAUAUCUGGUCUGUCGGUUGUAUAUUAGCAGAACUUUGCAAAUUGGAACCAUUAUUCCCAGGUACUAGCGAAGGUGAUCAACUCGACAGGAUUUUCCAAGUUUUGGGUACACCAUCACAGCAAGCAUGGCCACAGAAUGUAUCACUCAGUUGGACAGCUUUCCCAUACAGACAACCUAAACCUCUUGGUGCAAUAAUACCAGAUCUCAAUGAACAUGGACUAGACUUAAUAAGAAGUAUGCUCAUGUUUGAUCCUCAUAGUCGUAUAACCGCAGCUCAAGCAGUAAGACACAGAUACAUUACUGAAGAAGACGUACAAUGACCAUUUCAUAUAUAAAUAUAUAAAUUAUCUAGAUUUACUAAUAAACUCAGACUGACUGUAACUGUAUUCAGGAAUAGAAAUAUAUCUAACAUAUGUAAGCACGCUAUAAUAGUUUAUAAAAUUAUUAAUAACAGGUGUGUUAAUAAAUAUCUGAUAUGAGUAUUAAGAAUCACAUUUAUUUGUUACAAUUACAAAUUUAAUUAAGAAUUAAAAUUCACAUUUAAAUCUUAUCAAAUAGUCGAUAGUAGUCAUGUACCCCUUAUAGUUUAUUUUUAUAGUUGGCUCCCUGUGUUAAAUUAUUAAACAUAACUACAUAUAAUAAUUUUGCAAAACAAUCCAUGAUUUAAGUUAAUUUAAGGGGUCUUUCUAAGUAGGUGUACCUUACAUACACUUAAUUACAAAUUACUUUAAUUACAAAUAUACAAUGUAAUAUACAUUGAGAAUGAAAUAAUUAUUAUUUUUUAUAUAAUUAAUUUAUCAGCAGCAAUGUUAUGACUUAGUGUACAUACAUUAGGAAAUGUGCAUUAGAAAUCGGCAAAUAAUAUUUGUGUUUGUAUUUCUUAUUCCUUGUACACAGUAUUAGGCAGUAGUUGCAAGAUACGAAUGCAAGUUUUCAACUUUCUCAUAUUCAUGAUACAGUUAUUUAUUUACACACAAUGAUAUCUUAAUAUUUCAAUCAAUCACAUCUUUUUUAUAAUGAUAUUAAGAAUUAUACUUUUCAUUAACUUCUUUUAUUUCAUGUCAUUGUGU